UCCCGUCCACGAUUCACACAUCCGCCCCCGUUCGAGCCAACGAGGUGCAUGCAAUGGGCUCCGUGGCGGUGCCGCCGUGCCACGUCGUGGCCGUGCCAUUCCCUGGCCGCGGCCACAUCAACUCGAUGCUGAACCUGUGCCGCCUGCUCGCCGCCCGCGACGGCGUCUCCGCCACCGUCGUCGUUACGGAAGAGUGGCUCGGCCUGCUCGGCGGCCCCGUCCAUGCGCCGGGCGUCCGCCUCGAGACCAUCCCCAACGUCAUCCCCUCCGAGCACGGCCGUGCCGCCGACUGGGCCGGGUUCCUGGACGCCGUGUACGCCGAAAUGGAGCUGCCGUUUGAGCACCUGCUCGACCAUCUCGGGGCCGCGCCCGCGGCCAUCCUGGCCGACACGUUCGUGCCCUGGGCCGUGCGCGUCGGCAACCGGAGGGGUGUCCCGGUGUGCGUCCUCUCGGCGCUCGGCGCCACCAUGUUCUCCGUGCAGUACCACUUCGACCGGUUGCCCACGUCCGCCGGCGGUAGCGCUGACAUUGCCGAUGCCACUGAUCCUUGUCUGAUUGAAAACUACAUUCCUGGACUCAGAUCGAUCAGGCUAACAGAUCUUGAGCCCACACACUCCGACAAGAUGAGGCUGGGCAAAAUUCUUGAAGCAUACCCGUAUGUGAGGAAAGCACAGUGUAUCAUCUUCACCUCAUUCUACGAGCUCGAGAGCAACGCCAUUGAGUUUCUAAGGCAAGAGCUCCCCUGCCCCGUGUUUGCCGUUGGCCCUUGCAUCCCCUUCAUGGCACUCCAAGAAAACCAUGCCGAUUCAGGGGAAGAACAAGGCUACAUGGCUUGGCUGGACGCGCAGCCGGCGAGCUCAGUGCUCUACGUCUCGCUCGGCAGCUUCCUCUCGGUGUCGUCGACCCAGCUCGACGAGAUCGCCAUUGGCCUGGCCCAGACCAAGGUAAGGUUCCUGUGGGUGCUCCGCGACGAGGUAGCCCGUGUGCAACAUUUGAUCCGUGGAAGCGACGGCGUGGUCGUUCCGUGGUGUGACCAGCUCAAGGUCCUGUGCCACCCCUCCAUCGGUGGGUUCUUCACUCACUGCGGAAUGAACUCGACCCUUGAGGCGCUGUACGCCGGCGUGCCGAUGAUGACCCUUCCGAUAGCCUUCGACCAGCCGGUGAACAGCCGGCUUAUCGUCGAUGAGUGGAUGGUUGGGUACGGCCUCAAGGAGAAAGCCCGGGGCGACGGCGUCAUUGCAAGAGAUAAAAUCAGUGAAGCCGUGAAGAGGCUGAUGGAUUGUGGUGAUGGCGAGGGCACAAGGAGGAGAGCUUCUCUGCUGAAGGAGGCUUCUCGCGCCGCCGUUGAAGUGGGUGGUUCCUCGGACAGAGAUAUGGCGUCUUUCAUCAGUUACAUUUCUCAUUUCAAGGACUGAUCUCUAUGUUGUUUUAGAGGCUACAUUCUCAAAUAAACCUACUCCAGUAGGUUCCUUCCUUAUCGUGAUGCAUUCGAGUUCGAUUUGUAGUACUCCCUCGGUUAAUAAAUAGUCUUUUUAGAAAUUUUAUUAAAAAA